AUGCUUGUAAAAAACUGGACAAGAAACGUCUCAAGAAGAAAAAUGGGGGAGAAAAUGGCCUUGCUGGAGAAGGAGAUCCUUGAGAAGGUUCACAGCCCCUUCAUUGUCUCUUUGGCCUAUGCAUAUGAGUCUAAAACUCACUUGUGCCUAGUGAUGACCAUUAUGAAUGGUGGAGACCUCAAAUUUCAUAUCUACAAUGUAGGAGAAAAAGGACUAGAGACUAAGAGGGUGAUGUUUUAUUCAGCACAGAUUUGCUGUGGCAUCCUGCAUCUUCACUCUCUUAAAAUCCUUUACCGGGAUAUGAAGCCAGAAAAUGUUCUUCUAGAUGACAAUGGCAACUGCCGUCUUUCUGACUUGGGACUUGCUGUUAAGGUGAAGGAAGGACAAGCCAUCACCACCAGGGCUGGGACUAACGGUUACAUGGCACCUGAAAUUCUGAAAGACGAGAACUACUCUUAUCCUGUGGAUUGGUUCGCAAUGGGCUGCAGUGUGUAUGAGAUGGUUGCAGCCCAAACACCUUUCAGAGAUCCAAAGGAGAAGGCAAACAAGGACGAGGUGAAACGGAAGACACUGGAGGAUGUGGUUACAUUUAACCAUCCAAACUUCACUGCAGAGGUUAAAGAUAUAUGUAAACUCUUUUUACUCUGUAACAUCCUCUCUCAUAGAUCCAAUGAUGAUGACCCACGGAAACAUUCAUUCUUUAGUUCAAUAAACUUCAACAGACUGGAAGCUGGGAUGGUGGACCCUCCGUUUGUCCCAGACCCAUCUGUGGUCUAUGCUAAGGACAUUGCAGACAUAGCUGAUUUCUCGGAGGUCAAAGGGAUUGAUUUUGAUGACAAAGAUGCCAAAUUUUUCAAGAGGUUUUCAACUGGUGCAGUGCCAAUCAGCUGGCAACAAGAAAUCAUUGAUACUGGACUCUUUGAUGAGCUCAGUGACCCAAACAGGCAAAGCUCUGGAAAAUACUCGUAUAGUGAUGGUGAGAAAAAAUCAGGAGUAUGUUCCAUAAUAUAG